AUGGCACAGGGCUCAGGUAGACCGCUUGAAGAGCUGCCCGUCGAGCUCCUUCAAGCGAUCCUCGCUGCCGCGCCAGACAUCAAAACCCUGGAGGCCGCCGUCAUGACCGGACCAUGCCUGUAUAACGCCUUCAAAGGAGCAGAAGAGUUUAUCGUGCGUUCAGUCGUGCUACGCCAAUUCGACGCUGAUCUUCUGCAUGAUGUCUUAGCAACUCACGCAUCCAGCAAAACCCAGGACUGGUCCAUCGACCAGGCAGAAAAGUUCUUUACGUCAUACUUUGCCCGCGACCAACACCACUUCGUCGACUCUAUGGAAUGGAAACUCUCUCAGGCUCGCUCGAUAGGCCGAUUUGACGGGACCGUGCAGUACUUUGUCGACCAUAUAGUGACAAAAUUCUUGUCUACCUACACCUACUGGAAUGACACCCAAGUUGUUCCGCCAACCAAAUUGGAGAGAAACCGGAUUAGUCGAAGUCUGUAUCGAUUUGAAACAUUUUGCAAUUUGUACCCGUUCUGGAAAUAUGCACUGAGAUAUGACACCGGCAAACUAUAUAUCGAUAACUUUGCACCAUGGGAAAACGAACAAUUAGUCUGCGUUUCCGAGUCCCUAUAUAAAAAUUUCAUCCUCCCAGUUCUUUUGGACCCCAAACUCAGAUCCAAUUGGCCAGAGCCUAUACCCCAAUUUACUUCGUGGAUCUUUCAAUCAUACGUAGAGUCUCACUUGUUUCGCGGCCUUACUCAUAUUCGACGAUUCGCGCUGGAGAAGGACACGGACUUACAACAGAUUGCGCAAGUCAUACGUGUAACACGACUCGACGGUAUGGUGUUCCACUCCUUCAUCAAUGACAUGACUCGUUUGCUCGGGCGGAAGGAAACGCCUAAUCUCGAUGAUUUUAAUCCCGAGGACGAAGAAAAGUACAUUCCUCGGCCAUGGUUCCGUGACCCAGACAGUGGGCCAGAAGAUAUAUGGCGAUGGGCCAAUCAAUGGAACCCGCGGAAACACUUUUUUGCUGCUCGCAAUGCGCAAAAUUUGCGGUCGUGGCUGUAUGUGAUGUGGGAUCGAUGGCGUAUUGACGAGAUGCGUGUUUUGAAUAAAUCGCGGCCGUGGCCUUACGGUGAUCGGUAG